UAUAUACCCGGGUUCUAGAAGGUGAGAUCUGUCUUCUUCCUCCCUCAUCUUUUCAUCGCAGUGAGCGGCGACGACCGCAAGCGCGCUACUGGCGGGAUUCAGCGAGAGCCGCAGGCUGCAGGUAACUGCAUCGAAUUGAAUGCUACACUGAAAAUGAAGCACAUUCUGAAGAUCAUGGCUUUGCUGGUGGCUGUUGCUGGCAUUUGGAUCAGCUUACUAGAAACAUCAGUAGUUCCUCGUAGCUACACUUGGUUGCUGCCAGUUUAUCUAGUUGUUUCAUUAGGAUGCUAUGGUCUUCUCAUGGUCGGAGUAGGCUUGAUGCUGUUUCCAACAUGUCCCCAGGAAGCUUCACUACUGCAAAAGGAUAUCAUUGAGGCCAAAGAAUUCUUGAAAAGCAGGGGAGUAGAUGUUGGUGCUGAUUAAAGUGGAUUUCAUACUCUGAAGUUGUUUGCCAUAUGAAUUAUCACUGAUCCAAUCAUGAGACUCAUAAAAGCAGUGAACCAGAAAUCUCCCCUCUCCUCCAUUUGUCAAUGCAUACAGAUUGCAGCUUGGAUUCCUUCCAUGGGCUUUUUGUUAGAAGACAAUAGUCAUUUCUUCCGUUUCCUGUUACAUUACAUGCCAGAAUGUGAACCAGAAAUUUUGAUGACCUUUGUGAUCUGCCGGUUUAUGGAUCUGGCAUUUGGGGAAAUUUCCAUUUAUUUUAUUAAUUGGACACUUGUAUCUCUUGAAAUUUUGUUAAUUUUGUUUGAACAUUAUUAUUAUUAUUAUUCUUACAA